GACUAUAGAGUACUGAGAAAAUCAUUUGCUGAAAUCAGAGAUCAAACACCAGCUCUGAGAGUCAGAACGUCUAUCUCCUAGUGAAAUGCUGCUUCUGCCACUUCUAUUGUCAGCAGUUCUCUUUCCAGGUGGUGACAAUGAGCAUGCCUUCCAGGGGCCAGCUUCUUUCCGUGUCAUCCAGAUCUCAUCCUUCGCCAACAGCACCUGGGCACAAAUUCGAGGCUCAGGCUGGUUGGAUGAUUUGCAGAUCCAUGGCUGGGACAGUGACUCGGGCACUGCCAUCUUCCUGAAGCCCUGGUCCAAGGGAAACUUCAGUGAUGAGGAGGUGACUGAGCUGGAGGAGCUAUUUCGAGUCUAUCUCAUCGGAUUUGUUCGGGAAGUGCAGGACCGCGCCAGUGAAUUCCAGAUGGAAUACCCCUUUGAAUUCCAGGGCAUGGCAGGGUGUGAGCUGAAUUCUGGGGAGGCCACAGUAAGCUUCUUGAAGACAGCUUUAGGAGGAUUGGAUUUCCUGAGCAUCAAGAAUGACACAUGUGUGCCUGCCUCAGAGGGAGGCAGUAGGGCGCAGAGGUUCUGUGCACUCAUCUCUCAGUACCAAGGGAUCCUUGAUAUCAUAAAGAAGCUCCUUUUAGAAACCUGCCCUCGAUAUCUCUUGGGUGUCCUCGAUGCAGGGAAAGCAGAACUGCAGAGGCAUGUGAAGCCUGAGGCCUGGCUGUCUAGUGGCCCUGCUCCUGGGCCUGGCCGUCUGCUGCUGGUGUGCCACGUCUCAGGAUUCUACCCAAAGCCUGUGUGGGUGAUGUGGAUGCGAGGUGAGAAGGAACAGCCAGGCACUCAGCAAGGUGACAUCCAGCCCAAUGAUGAUGGGACAUGGUAUCUCAGAGUAACCCUGGAUGUGGCAACAGAGGAGGCUGCUGGCCUGACCUGCAGAGUGAGGCACAGCAGUUUGGGAGGCCAAGACAUCAUCCUCUACUGGGGACUUUCCAUCUCUAUUGGCUUGAUAGUUUUGGCAAUAAUAGUGCCCUCCUCGAUCCUUUUGAUAUGUCUUGCAUUAUGGUUUUGGAGGCGCCGGUCAUAUCAGAAUAUCUCAUGAUCUCUCAUGAUGUCUCCUUUUCCAUUUGGAAUAAGGACCCAGAAGCCCAGAAGUUCAAGUUGUCAGGCCGGGAAUCAAUCUCAUCAUAUUUCAUAAAAUAAUCAUCAUAUUUGAUCGAAUCAGAGUUCCCAUAGGUUGUAUGAUAAGUUAUAAUUUAUAUACUAGCAGAAAAAUAAUUAAAAACUCCAAUUUUAUUAUUAGACAGUAUCAAUAGUAGGAUCCGCCUAGAUUUUAUACAUGUGAGAUGCGAGAAAGAAUGUGUCUGGGAAUAAAUUAAAUAUGGUAUACAACUUAAUGGUGACGUUCCUUUGGCUUCCUAGUUUAAAGCUCUUUUUCUUGCUUCUGUUGAAAUAUCAUUUGUCAAAGUAAGCUAACAACAAUUAUGCUGGGAUAAUUGUAUUUGCAGAGAUGCUGAGUAUUUUUAACAUAAUUUCUCUGUCUCUGCCUGAAUGACAAUUAACCCUCAAGGCCCAGCUGUGAUGCUUCUUCCUCCCGGAAGGCUUCCCUAAUGCUGCAAUGGGAGUAACCUUCCCUUGUCUGGUGUCACACAGAGAUCCACUUUACUUGGUACCCACAGCAUUAUACUUGUUUUUGUUUUUCUUCUGCUUCUGCUUUAAGUUCCUUGAGAGAAGGGCUUGCUCUAUGUGGAUCCCUGGCAAAAUCUCUUAGUUGCAUAUGUAUUUGCUGAAUAAA